ACACCUUUAAAAAUACAAAAUAUGUUUAUAGGGAGGUCGACUAGUUCUUACUUUUUUUGAUGAAGCACAUCGAGCCGUCUGACAGUAAAUCGUCCUAAUUUUGAGGAGUUUUCGCAGUAAUGGCUUGUAAUGAUGGCUGGCAGGUCGCAGGGCGUCGUAAAGGAGCUGCAAGAAGAGGAAAACAAGUUUCAACCCCAAAACUAGACUCUCAGCAGGUUUCUGACUGCAAAAUAGACAAGCAGAAGAUAAUAAACGCCAUGAAUGAACUGAGAGGAGAAACCUUCUGGAUGGAAUGGAAAGAUCUCCUCUGCGAGCGUCUUCUGUCCAGCACUUCAGAGGUGUCUCUUCUGCAGUGUGUUUGUUAUGGUUUGGGACACUUUGAGUCAUGUGUAUCUGCUCGAUUUCAGCUCGCCAUGCUGUUGCUGCUUCUAGAGACACUGCAGAUUCCCGUGAGCAGUUGUUGUGUGUAUGAUCCUGUAUUUUCCCCAUCAGAGUGUGAUGCUCUUAAAGAGCUUGGCUUCACCGUGUUGACCGAAAAUGAGGAAGGAAAGCGAGCAGUUUAUCAACCCACCCUGUUCUACCUGAUGCAUUGUGGGAAGGCUCUGUAUAACAACUUGCUGUGGAGAAACUGGACACCUCUAACGUUGCAAAAAAUGACUAUCAUUGGCAACAGUUUUAAUGGCAUUCAAGAGAGGAUGCUUCAACGAGAAUUGGAAAGAGACUACGGCUUUCUUUCACGUAUGAUCGGUGUUUGUGAGGAGAUGCCGCUGUCAUGCUCGCCGCGAUACCUGGACGUGUUUAAUGACACCGCGCUCAUUCAGUUCCCUCUGGAAAAUCUCAACAAACUACCAGAAUGCACCUGGACUGAGCCUUCAGAGCCACUGUACCAACACUGCCAGGAUCUUGAGAUCAUCCAGAGAAAGAAACACUGAAAACUGAUGAAAAUAUCAAAUACAAGCAAUCUUU